UUGUCCACUGACGGAUUGUCCGGGAGCCUUUUCUUCACAUUUCCUUUGUUGCUUCAUCUUCCUCUUUUUCUAAGAUUUUUCCAUAAUUUAAUCAACUUUCCAAAUUUGUGUCACAUUCUUAACUAUCCAUGCAUAAAUUUAAAUUUGUUUUAUGUUCCACGCUUUUUCGCUUUUCCCUUUUUGGGAAUGAAACAAUUUGCUUAAAUGACGCUUUACUAAAAACUUUGUUACUCACCACUCUUUCUUGCUUACUCAAAUAGAACCAAAAUGCACUCAUUUUAUUACCCUCUUUGACAAAAAUAGAGUCCAUCAUCUUCUCUUUUAUUACUUUUUUAUCCCAUGAGAAAUGGAUGGAUUUUUGUUUAAAUAACUAGCGAAAACAAAGAAUAAUACGUAUUUCUUUCUUAUAUUGCACAAUUUUCUUUUGAAGAUUAUCCGACAAGGCGACACUUGCGAACCGAAAUUUGCGGACACGCAACAGAUUAUUUUAACACAUAUCUAAUUUUUUAACAAAAAAUGCCGAAGGAGGUUAUUCCGAGAGAAUUGCAUUCAACUGGGGGAACAAUUCCGCUUCCUGGAGCAGCAAAUUCUCCUCAUUCCCGUGUUGAGCUUAUGUUGGAAGCCAGAGGCCUACAAGACUUGGAUAUACUCUCCAAAUCCGAUCCUAUUUGCAUCGUCUAUUUGAAGGGACUUGGAUUAAGGAGCGAUGAAUAUUUUGAAAUUGGACGAACUGAAGUGAUUUAUAACGAUUUGAAUCCAAAAUGGAAUACCAAAAUACAGCUUGACUACUUUUUUGAGACGAAACAAAUUUUGAAAUUCGAUCUUUAUGAUAUAGACAACGAGAACACUGUUGAUUUAUCAGGGCAUGAUUUCUUAGGCAGUUGUGAAUGCCAUCUUGCCGACAUCUGUGCGACAUCGGAAGAUUUUUUGCGUCUGGAUUUGAGAAAUGGAAAGAAACAAAAAGGUGUUCUGCUUGUUCGAGCCGAGGAGGUGGAUAAUGGUCAAAAAGAAAUUGUCUAUUUGGUUUGCCAUGGAAAGAGGGUUGCUAUCCCCCACUUUUGUUGCUCCUGUCUUUUUUCAAUUGAUCCUUUUUUGGAAUUCCAUCGGAUUUAUCCAAACGGAUCAACGCAGUUGGUGCAUAGAACUGAAGUUGAAAAGAACACAAUAAACCCAGAAUGGAAGCCUAUUGAAGUGAGCGUGAGACAUCUUUGUGAAGGAGAUAAGAACAGGCAAUUUUUGGUUGAAUGUUAUGACUUUAAAAUUACUGGAAAUCAUAUUUUCCUUGGUUCUGCUAAAUUAACGGUCAAUCAAUUAACCUCUUCAAAAAAUCAAAGCCAAGUCAUUCCUCUUGAAAAACAAAAGAAUUGUGAAAAGGGAGCCAUACAAUUCCUUCAAGCGACCAUUAAUCGAGAAUUUACUUUUUUGGAUUUCAUUAAGGGAGGAAUGCAACUCGAAUUUGCAGUCAGCAUUGAUUUUACAGCAUCGAAUGGAAAUCCUAGAAGCCCAAGUUCUCGACAUUACGUUGAUCAGUUUUAUCUCAAUCAAUACGAGCUUGCGAUCAAAUCUGUGCUUGAAAUAUGCGAGCAUUAUAACACAAGCAAGUAUUUUGAGGCAUUUGGAUUUGGUGCAAAAAUAAUUCCGAGUCAAUAUAAUAUUGAAACCAACCAAUCGGGAGUAUAUGGAGUAAAAGGAGUUAUGGACGCUUACAGGAAUGUAUUGAGCCGGGUUGAACUUUAUGGACCUACAAAUUUUGAACCAACGGUGCGCACGAUGCUAGAAAAGUGUAAAACUUUCCCGAGAAACGGGUCGAGAUAUCAGAUUCUGUUGAUAUUAACUGAUGGAUUAAUAACAGACAUGGAACGGACAAAGUUGGCAAUAAUUGAGAUUGUGGGCGUUGGAGAUGAAGAUUUUGCAAAAAUGGAUGAAUUGGACUCCGAUGAAUGUUUACUGAGGCAUGGAAAUUACGUUGCCAAACGUGAUAUUGUUCAGUUUGUUCCUUUCCGUGAUUUUUAUAGUGCUGUUCGAUCAGUUGACAGUAGAAUUUCUGAACAGCAACAAAUGCAGAUUCAAGUUGAACUGGCCAAGGCCGUGUUAGAGGAAAUACCAUAUCAAGUAACGUCGUAUUGUAAAGCGAAUAAAAUUCAGCCAUUGAACGGUUAA